AUGGCAGCUAGUAAAAAGGAUCCGAAUAAACGUACCAUUGCCUAUGUGGAAGAGGUCUAUCGCUUAAUUCAAGAAAAACCCGAUAUUAAAGAUAUUAUGAUCCUAAAUAGCAAAGGUAAUCCCAUAAAAACCACAAUGGAAAAAUCCGAAGCUAUACAAUUUGCCGGUCUCUAUGAAAGUUUGAGAGAUAAGGCAACUAUGGGUUUGCAGAAAAUCGAUCCCGAUGAUGAAAUUACCAUGCUGAGAAUACGUACAACUAAAAAUGAAUCUCUCAUUGUGCCAGAUGGUAAAAUCACUGUGGUGGUUAUACAAAAUGCCAAAGAUCAAUAUUACAAAUAG